AGGUGAAUCCAAUUCCAAUAAUCCAUCUUUAAUAAUUCAAUUAAGCUCCAGCUCAAUCACUCCAAUGGCGGAAGAGGUAUGAAUCGAAGAAGAAGUCAAUUCGAUCGCCCGCCACCAAUUAGAAGACGAAGAUAUUCCCUCACCUGUAUAUACAAAGUCGAAGAAAAGUCAAUUCCCGCACAAUCACCCACCAUAUCUCCUCUAUCCUCGAAACUAUUUUAAGCACACACACGCAUAUGAUUUUGGGGAUUUGGAUUUUCUUUCAUCUUCCCUUUGGAUGAUUGCUUAGGAAGCUUCUGAUUCCGACAGAGACUUGUCUAAUUAUUUUUUGGGGAACUCAGUUUUCAAACUUAUCCCCUAUUUCUCGUCGAGCUUUUUUCUGUGUCCUCUUCUUCAAGAAACUCAAAAAAAUCAAAAAAACCAAACAAACAUGUCCGAUGGUUUGCAGGAUGCGAUCAAAACCCUCUACGUGGUUUUUGCAUUUUGCCUUGCCCUCUGCUUUGGUGUUCUUAAAAGUUUGGUAAUUGGUCCGAUUGCUGCUCUGUUGCUGAUUUUUGGGAAUUCAGGGGUGAUUUUAGGGCUUUUUCCUGCUCAUGUUGUGUGGACUGUUUAUACCCUUAUCAAAACAAAUCGAUUCGAUGCACCCCUGAAAGUAGCCAUUUUGUUGGGAUUGCCUGCUCUGUUUGCUUUCUGGUUAGGGCUUAGCAUCGCUGGUAGUGUUCUUGUUGGAAUUGGCUAUGGAUUCUUCACUCCUUUGAUUUCUUCCUUCGAAGCCUUCCGACAAGACGAUGAAUAUAUGAAGUUCUAUCAUUGCAUUGUGGAUGGAACUUUGGGGACUGUUAAAGGUAGCUGUACUGUGGUUCGCGAUUUCGCCGAUUUGUGUUACCAUUCGUAUCCGAGCUAUUUGAAGGAGCUUCGACACAAUCCUCCAUCGAACGAGCUCCAAACACUCCGGUUUAUUCAUGUCCCGGCGUGCAUUGCCGUUGGCUUGAUGGGUUUGAUCGUCGAAAUCCCACUUUACACGGCGAUCGCGCUCGUAAAGGGACCGUACAUGCUCUUCCGGGGAUGGCAUCGACUCUUGCAGGACCUCAUUAGUCGGGAAGGCCCGUUUCUCGAAACGGCUUGCAUUCCCGUCGCCGGAUUAGCGAUCCUUAUGUGGCCGCUCGUCGUUAUCGGGAGCAUCGUCAUGGCUAUAUUCACCGGGUUUUUCAUCGGGCUGUAUGGAUCCGUCGUAGUUUACCAGGAAAGAUCAUUCCGGCGAGGCGUUGCUUAUGUGAUUGCUAUGGUAGCUGAAUUCGACGAGUAUACAAACGAUUUGUUGUAUCUUCGCGAGGGGUCGGUUCUCCCGAAGCCGCGGUAUAGGAAGAGAAAACCGUCGAAUUCGUCCGAGCUUUCGGUGAAGAGAACCCAAUCUGUGCACGAUCGAUUAGGUUCGGUAUUCCCCGGAGCUUCCGGGAUUCUCGUCCCGAGCUUAACGUCGUCACGAUCCGUUCGAGAGGUUAUAAAAGAGGUUAAACUCGUGCAGAUAUGGGAAAGCACGAUGAAAUCGUCGGAGGUACGCGGGAAAGAUUUGCUCGAUGCGGGUGUGCUCGUGACGUCCGAUCUUUGCGAUUGGCUAAAAGCGAAGCGCUCGAGCGACGCGUACAUUAUGGACAUCGGUUUGGUGUGCUACUCUUUCAUGCACACCCUUCUCGACUCAAUCAAAGCCGGGUCGAACGGGAUGAUUCUCCAUGACGGCACCGAGGUUAACCACAUGAAUCGACCGCAGGACAAGCUCACAGACUGGUUCUUCCAGCCGGCGUUGGUCAUGAAAGAACAAAUUCGGGUCCUCAAGCUCGAAGACGGCGAGAUUCGAUACCUCGAAAAGCUCCUACUUUUUGGGAGCCUUAAGGAUCGCGCGAAGGCGUGGGACAACGGGAGCUUCGUUCCCAACGACGCCCUCCGGGCCGCUCAAAUCGAAGGCAUUGCGCGACGGAUGAUCGGAAUGUGUCGGAGCUUGUCGAAGUUUCCGACGUACCGAAGGAAAUUCCGGCAGGUCGUGAAGGACCUUGCGGCUUAUUCGACCGGGAACGAGUGCGCGGCGGCGCAGGCCGGGGGCGGGAGCUUGGGACCUCCUAAGGAGGGAUCGAAUAGAUCGAUAAACUAUUCUGCGGCUAAGCAAAGCUCGACAAGAUCGGGUUCCACGAGAUCGGUUGCUUCCAUUGAAAUUGUUUGAGUUAUACGUACACAUAUAUAUAUAUAUGUAUAUGUAUGUAUGUAUUUGUGUAUGUAUUUGUUCUGUUUUGGAUUUUGUAUAUGUUGGGACAGCAGAAGUCUUAGGAAUGCAUAUAGUUUUGUAAUUGGUAGAUUGAUACAAGUAGUGAGAAAAGUAUUGUUUUUUUUUUU